GAGCGAGUCCACCAAACCACAAUAUAUUCGCGCGCGUACACAAACCGCUGUGAUUUGGGUCUUUCAGAGACAGUAAGCUCUCGGUUGUCUUCGUAUGGUCUUAGCGGGUACUCCACCAGACACCGUUUCUUUCUCACUUUGCUCUCCCACGAAGAAAAAUCGAUCCCGUUUCUCUCUCUAAAACCCAUCUCGCUCUCUUUUUCUUUCUGCAUUAUGUGUUAUGGUUCUUGGACACUGGAACUUUGAAGAGGGAACUGAUUCAUUUUGGCAUUAAUUUCAGUGCAUGUUCUUGAUUUUCUAGAGCUGUGGAAUCUAAGGGGACUUGAACAAUUGGGUAAUUCGUUUUCAUCUCCACUCGGCAAUUUGUGGAGAUGUCAAGUUACGGGGGUGUUAUCAUUUCCGAUCAAUGGCUUCAAAGCCAGUUCACGCAGGUUGAGCUACGCAGUCUGAUCUCCAAAUUUAAUUCAGUGAAGAAUGAGAAUGGUAAAGUUAUGGCUGGAGAUCUACCACCUUUAAUGGUGAAAUUAAAGGCUUUUAGAGAUAUGUAUUCCGAGGAGGACAUUAGGGGUACCUUAAGUGGGUUGGGUUCUAACUUCAGUAAUGAGAUUGAUUUUGAAUCCUUCCUUAAGGCAUACUUGAAUUUGCAAGGUCAAACUACAGCAAAAUUGGGUGGUUCAAAAAACUCUUCAUCGUUCCUGAAGGCCACCACGACCACCCUCCUUCACACAAUCAGUGAAUCAGAGAGAGCAUCUUAUGUGGCUCACAUAAACAGCUAUCUUGGGGAUGAUCCGUUCCUAAAGCAGUAUCUCCCAUUAGACCCAGCUACAAAUGAUCUAUUCAACCUUGCAAAAGAUGGAGUUCUCCUAUGUAAGCUUAUAAAUGUUGCUGUGCCUGGGACAAUAGAUGAACGAGCAAUUAACACCAAACGGGUCCUCAACCCAUGGGAGAGGAAUGAAAACCAUACUCUUUGCCUUAACUCUGCCAAGGCCAUUGGCUGCACAGUGGUUAACAUAGGCACACAGGACCUUAUUGAAGGAAGACCUCAUCUGGUAUUGGGGUUGAUUUCCCAAAUUAUAAAGAUCCAACUGUUGGCAGAUCUCAACCUUAAGAAGACGCCUCAACUUGUGGAAUUGGUGGAGGAUAGCAAUGAUGUUGAAGAGCUUUUGAGUUUACCCCCUGAGAAGGUCUUAUUGAAAUGGAUGAAUUUCCAUCUCCAGAAAGCAGGCUACAAGAAACCUGUUUCAAACUUUUCCUCUGAUGUGAAGGACGGAGAAGCUUAUGCUUACCUACUUAAUGUUCUUGCUCCGGAACACUGCAAUCCUGCCACUUUGGAUGCCAAACCCAAUGAAAGGGCAAAAUUGGUUCUUGACCAUGCUGAGAGAAUGAACUGCAAAAGAUACUUAUCCCCAAAAGACAUUCUUGAGGGUUCUUCAAACUUAAAUCUGGCAUUUGUGGCACAAAUAUUCCAUGAAAGGAAUGGCCUCACUACAGAUAGCAAGAAGAUUUCUUUUGCCGAGAUGAUGACAGAUGAUGUGCAAACAUCAAGAGAAGAGAGAUGCUUCCGUCUGUGGAUCAACAGUCUAGGCAUUGCUACUUAUGUUAAUAAUGUAUUUGAGGAUGUGAGAAAUGGAUGGAUACUCUUAGAAGUGCUUGAUAAGGUUUCUCCAGGAUCAGUUAACUGGAAGCAAGCAUCAAAACCUCCAAUUAAGAUGCCGUUUAGAAAAGUAGAGAAUUGCAAUCAAGUUGUAAAGAUUGGGAAGCAAUUAAAAUUUUCGCUGGUGAAUGUAGCUGGAAAUGAUAUUGUGCAGGGAAAUAAGAAGCUUAUACUUGCUUUCCUAUGGCAGUUGAUGAGGUUUAAUAUUCUUCAACUUUUGAGGAAUCUAAGAUCUCACUCUCAAGGAAAGGAGAUGACAGAUGCUGAUAUUUUAAAUUGGGCUAACAACAAAGUCAAAAGCACUGGCAGGACUUCUCGAAUGGAGAGUUUUAAGGAUAAGAGCCUAUCAAAUGGGAUUUUCUUGCUUGAGCUUCUCAGUGCUGUAGAGCCUAGGGUUGUCAACUGGAACCUUGUUACUAAGGGUGAAAGUGCUGAAGAAAAGAAGUUGAAUGCUACGUACAUAGUCAGUGUUGCACGAAAGCUUGGUUGCUCCAUUUUCUUGUUGCCUGAGGACAUCAUGGAGGUGAACCAGAAGAUGCUUCUGACCCUAACAGCCAGCAUUAUGUUUUGGAGCCUGCAACAAGCAGUUGAUGACACAGAAAGAUCACUGUCCCCUGUUGAUGCGUCGCCGGCAACAUCUAUCAACGGAGAGGAUGAAAGCUCCUCUUCCCUUGGUGGUGAAAUUUCAAACUUAAGUAUUGAUGACACUGCCUCUGACACUACAGUCACUUCCCAGUUUGAGAAUGAAGGCAGCACUGCCAGCACUCCCAGCACUCCUUUGGGAGACGGGAUCAGGGUGGAAGAGAAAGGGUGCAUAGCUGUUCAGUAAGUUCAAGCAAAAGCGUAAAUAUACUCGAAGCUCCAUAAAAAUAUGGUUGGUCGUAAACAGAUUUAGAAUCACAGGUUGAGAAGAAAAGAGACAACUUUGUAAGUAUUUCGACUUUGUAGAUAUUGAGAGACGUUCCUUUUUGACAGUAAUUAUAUCAGUCAAAGAUGAAAUAA